UACUGGGAACUCUUCUUUGUUUUCCUCGGCUCUGGAGACUUAGCUACGCUAUCACGCACGAGAAAAGGCCACCGGCGACCGGCAAAUUGACGAAACGGAGGCGGGAUACCCUCAUCCGUGCACGCCUGGAGCUCCUCAACUUUCUCCUGGUACAGGGUGUAUCACACGUAUCUGUGCUUGCUAGCUGACUAUUGUUAUGGCAGACUCUUGGCCUGAAAAGAGUGGUGAACUGAGAGAUGGAGAUAAACAGGAUAGGGAUUCACAGAAAGAUAGGGCUCGUAGUCGAGAUAGAAGGAAGGAAGAUAGAGAUGCUCUAGAAAAGGAAAAGACAAAAGACAGGGUUCGAGAGAAAGACAGUGAUAAGGAUAGGCAUAGAGACACAGAGAGAGAUAGAGCAAGAGAGAAAGACCGUAGAUAUCAUGAAAAGGAAAGUGAGCGAGAUAAGGAGUUGGAGAGGGAUGGUGGACGGGAUCGGCAUAAGGAGAGAGGAAAAGACAAAACCAGGGAUACAGACAGAGACAAGGAUAAGUACAGGGAAAGGACGAAAGAUAGAGAAAAAGAAAAGGAGAAGGAUAGAGAGAAGCAAAGAGAAAGGGAACGAGAAUAUGAUAGGGUGAGAAGUAAAGACACAAGUGAAAAAGAAAAGGGAAGACAUAGAGUUAAGGAGCAUGAUAGGCAGAAGUCAAGAGACGCAGAUGGAAGUGGUGGGAAACUACAGAAUGAAGUUCAUAAUAGGAACUUGGACGUGGGUAAGGAUGAAAUGUCAAGAUUCAAUGGUAAAGAUGGUGAUGGUGGGGACUCUCCUGAACAGGAUAAGGCGCUAGCUGAUGAUGUUGGUACGCCUCUCAUGAAGGGCGUACCUGUUGGACCUGGAUCUCAACCUUCUGUUUCAGAACUGGAGGAGCGCAUUUUGAAGAUGAAGGAAGAAAGAUUGAAGAAAAAAACAGGUCCUUCUGAGGUUUUAGACUGGGUCAAUAAGAGCCGCAAAAUUGAGGAGAAAAAGAAGGCUCAGAAGGCCAAAGUGGUGCAGAUCUCAACAUUUUUUGAAGAGCAGGAUGAGAUUGGUCAAGAAGAUGAUGAUAGUGAGAUAGCAACACAACACUCUACUGCAGAAGAGCUAGGUGGAGCUAAGGUUCUCCAUGGGCUUGACAAAGUGCUUGAAGGUGGUUCAGUUAUCUUAACACUCAAAGAUCAGAGCAUACUUUCUGGCGAUGACAUAAAUCAAGAGGUUGAUAUGCUUGAAAAUGUGGAGAUUGGAGAGCAAAAGAGGAGGGAUGAUGCAUACAAAGCUGCAAAGAAGAAAACAGGGAUUUAUGAUCGGAGUGACGAGCCGGGUUUUGAAAAGAAAAUGCUUCCUCAAUACGAUGAUCCUAUGGAGGAAGAGAGUGUAGCUCUUGAUGAAACUGGACGUUUUAGCGGUGAUGCAGAGAAGAAACUGGAAGAGCUCCGAAAAAGAAUUCUAGGGGUUGCCACAAAAAAUAAUGCUGAAGAUCUCAAUUCUUCAGGCAGAGUAUUGACAGACUAUUAUACUCAAGAAGAAAUGCUUCAAUUUAAGAAGCCCAAGAAAAAGAAGUCACUAAGGAAGAAAGAGAAGCUGGACAUUAAUGCCCUUGAAGCAGAGGCUAUCUCUACUGGAUUGGGUAUUGGGGAUCUUGGUUCUCGGAAUGACAAGACAAGGCAGCAACUGAAGGAAGAAAAUGAGAGAGCUGAGACUGAGAAGCGAGAUAAGGCAUACCAGACUGCAUACGCAAAGGCCGAGGAAGCUUCUAAAGCUCUUCGACCUGUUAUUGCCAAGGCUGAUGACGAUGAUGAUGCUGCAUUUGAUGAUGAUGCUGAUGAUGAGGAGCUUCGGAAAUCAUUGGAAAGGGCAAGAAAAUUAGCUCUGAGAACGCAAGAGGCCAGUAAAUCUGCACCCGAGACCAUUGCAUUUCUCGCCACUUUGAAUGCAAACAAUUCAACUGUAGAUAAUAAUAGCCACACCUCUGCAUCUGGGGAGUUGCAAGAGAAUAAGGUCGUCUUCUCAGAAAUGGAAGAGUUUGUCUGGGGUCUUCAGCUCGAUGAAGAUGCAAAGAAACCUGGUGAUGAAGAUGUUUUCAUGGAAGAAGAUGUGGUACCUAAUUCUCCUGAUAAAACAUCUAUAACCGAGGAUGGUGGCUGGUCCGAGGUGAAAGAAACUGAGAAAAAGGAAACAAAUGUGAAGGAGGAGGAGAUAGUUCCAGAUGGUACGAUACAUGAAGCUGCUGUUGGGAAGGGGUUAUCUGGAGCUCUCAAGCGUCUGAAAGAUCAUGGAUCACUCAAGGAAACAAUUGAAUGGGGUGGUCGAAGCAUGGACAAGAAGAAAAGUAAGCUUGCUGGCAUUCUUGAUGAGGAAGGGCCUAAGGAAAUACACAUUGAAAGGACUGAUGAGUAUGGUCGAAUUUUGACUCCAAAAGAGGCAUUUAGGUUGAUUUCCCAUAAGUUUCACGGAAAGGGCCCUGGUAAAUUGAAACAAGAAAAACGCAUGCGGCAGUAUCAAGAAGAACUAAAGAUAAAACAAAUGAAAAAUUCAGACACACCAUCGCAAUCAGUGGAGAGAAUGCGGGAAGCUCAAGAAAAACUGAAGACUCCUUAUCUAGUUCUUAGUGGAAAUGUUAAACCAGGGCAAACAAGUGAUCCCAGAAGUGGUUUUGCUACUGUCGAGAAGGAUUUUCCUGGGAGUUUAACACCGAUGCUCGGCGAUAAAAAGGUUGAGCACUUCCUGGGAAUAAAGAGAAAACCCGAUUCUAGUGGGGACCCUGCCUUGCAAAAGAAGCCUAAGAACUGAUUGGCCAGUGUUUCGCAAUGCACUUUUGCAACUGGCCUUGAACACUACAUCCUCAAGGUGAAUAUUGUCAAUCUUGUCGCCAAGUUCAAACGUUAUAACCAGAAAUUGGUACUCUACAAGAUUGUGUAGUUUUGUAUUCCUCCCCCUCCCCUCCCCCCCCCCUUGGGAUUUUGAUGAUUGAGUCUCAUGUUUCCUUUGCUACACUUUGCUUUAAAAAAUAUAUAAAUUUGAAGUUGUAUUUUCUGAACAUCUCUGAUUCGCCAUUGCACUCACAAGUCUCUGCUUUGUAGUUUAUUUUACGAAGUACGGAGUAUGUUUUAUGGAAGUUUGUGAUCUUCUCCUUAUACAUACCUCUUUCUGUAUCACUGUUUGGCAUCUGAUCUAAAUACGGAGUAAUAGAAGCACAAGGCUUUAUUUUAGAUCAUAAAAUUGUUUGCCAUAU